AUGUCCUCUGUUUGGCCCAUCUUGAGCCCUGCGCUCACGUUCCUGGGCUUCCAGAGUGUCAGCUGGCUCUCGUACAUCCAUCCAGACGAGUUCUUCCAGUCGUUCCAGCCUUUACUCAACGACAAUGUCCCCUGGGAGUUUGUCCAUGCGUGUCGGUCUGUUGUUCCAUUGAAACUGAUCCAAUUUAUCCUAUCUUUGUCCAAACCGCCGUACACCGCCUCCAUCUACCUAAUCGUCAAGAUGGUCUAUUUCGGAGCAUCCUAUUUCGCUGUCUACUUCUCCAUCAACUCGCUGCUCCCGUCACUUCAACACCGCCAAACAGCACUCGUUAUUGUCUCCACCAGCUACAUCACCUACGUCUACCAAUCACACACGUUCUCAAACAGCUUGGAAACAACGCUUCUGCUGCCGACCGUCGUCAUCGUCGACGGCAUGCGGAACAACAGAAGCUCGGUCGCCAAAUCGUUCGUCCUGGGCCUUUUGGUGGCUCUUGGAGUGUUCAACAGAGUCACCUUCGUUUCGUGGCUACUGGUGCCGUCCGUAUUUGCUCUCAAAUACUUCCUGAACCACUGGGGCCAUCUACUGGCCGCUCUCACAAGUCUGAUCGCGUUCUCGUCAAUAUUCAUAGCUAUAGACUCUGAAUACUUCGCCGGCUCCGCGAAAACUCUCGUCAUCACCCCACUCAACAGUCUUUUAUACAACACAAAGAUCUCCAACCUUGCACAGCACGGCCUCCAUCCAUACUACCAGCACGUCCUGGUCAAUUACCCGCUGAUUCUCGGCCCGCUUGUCCUGACAGCGUUCCCUUUCAAUACUGAACACAUCAAGUCCACGCCGUUCAUCGCCAUGGUGUCAGGAGUCCUGGUACACAGCCUGGUGCCCCACCAGGAAUUGAGGUUCCUCGUGCCCAUGGUGCCGCUCUGGGCAUGUUGCGCCAAGUUUUCCAAAGCACAGCUGUUCAAGUUCCCAUACAUUCUGUGGAUCCCGUUCAACACUGCAAUGCUCGUCUUUAUGGGCAAGUUCCACCAGGGCGGAGUUGUCCCCGCCAUGUUCGAGCUCCAGAACUACACCGAAAACCUCGUGUUCUGGCGAACGUACAAGCCGCCAACAUGGAUCAUUCAUAACCGAGACCGUCAGUUCGCCAACAAAGACGACCCAAUGUUCUGGGAUACCAUCAAAACCAUCAAGUCGCCGUUCUUGGUCGACUGCAUGGGCCUGGAGUACCAGGGUUUCGAGUCGGCGGUGCAACAAUUGCUCUCUGCAAACGAACACCUGCUACUGGUUGCUCCGCAAAACGCAAUGCUCAACGUGCAAAACAAAACUAUCCAGUACAGAGAGAUCUGGAGCUACCCGUGGCAUUAUGAUAUGGAUCAUUUUGAAUUCGAAACUUAUGGAUGGAGCACUUUCAAGCCCGGGAUCGGCAUCUUCAACGUCACCGCUUAUUUAUAG